AAAGAUGUGGGCAGCUGUCAAGCAGUCCAGGCGAGUUUGUUAUGCUGGAGAAGGCAUUCAAAUCCAGCCUUCAGACGUUAUAUUAUAAUAACGCUCACACGGAGACCCCUGCCAAGGACUUUCAUACCUUCCUGUUCAACUUGGAGAAGAAAAUCACUCACACUAUUGCGCAGCAGUUCAUAGAACAUGGAUCCCUCAAGUUCAACCUUGUAUUGGAGUCAACAUAUUUCCGCACAACACUUGAUGAUAGCAAUGUCGAGCAGGAGGUGUUCCAAAAUGUGGCCUUCAAGACACCAAACUACUCAAUCUUCAACAUCGGAGAUCUUCCCAGCAUCAUCUGUGGAGCAGUGAACACUCUACUGGAGGAGGAGGCAAAGUUUAAAGGAAACUCAAGCAGAUGGAGUCUUCUGAUCAUUGAUGGACUCCUCAUAUGCAUAAGUAAGCUCACACCGCUACGAGGAUCUUCCUAUAUCGAGCUACCGGCCAAAAUAGCAGCAUUCAAAGCCGUUAUCAACCCAAGGAAUAGUGAUCAACAAUUUUUCAAGUGGGCAAUCCUUGCCAAUCAUGUACAAGGAGCAAAUCCUCAACAAAUCAAUGAGAGAUAUCAUCAGCUCGUUGAAAAAUAUAAUUUCAACAAAAUAUCAUUCCCCACCAGCAUCAAUCAGAUUAAUCGUUUCGAAAAAGAUAAUCCAGGAGUGUCAGUUAACGUCUAUGGUUUGGAUGAGAAGAAUAUCAUAUUUCCGAGAAGAGUCAGCAAGGAGAUGUCCGAUAACCAUUUUGAUCUUCUUCUUCUAUGUGAGAGUGAAGAUGAUGAUGCCGACAUCAGCAGCCACUACUGCUACAUCAAGAACUUCGAAAGACUCAUCAGAUCCCAGCUCACAAAGCAUCAUGGAAAUAUUAUCAUUUGUCGCCGAUGCUUCAUCCACUAUUCGACCAUGAGAAAUGGUGAGUGAAAGAUGAAGGAGCACGAACAGUUCUGCACCAACAACAAGUCUGCAAGGAUCAUCAUGCCAAAGUUGAAAGAGGAUAGAAGCCCACCAAUUCUGAAAUUUGAAAAACACUUGAGAAAGUAUAGACUACCCUUGGUGGCAUAUGCUGACUAGAGUUUAAU